AUAUGCCUGCCCUUGUGAAACUGAAAUCUCAACCAUUAAAAAGGUUCUUGUGUACCUUUCCACCCUUCAACAUCAUGUGGACAGGAUACUUUUCCUCCUUGUAUUUCCAUUUCCACGCAAGUAAUCACACCGUAAACCUGAACAGCAGUUUACGCAUGUAAUAGCCAUAAACCUCCUUUAUUUGAAUUUCAAACAUCCACACCAACAUUUCAAGACUCAUGUCACAGAUACUGUUUUUGCGGCAGAAGUUUUGCAGAAAUAGAGGAAGUAAGUCCCAUAGAACUCCCCCUUUUAACGUUACUCCACAUCUGUGAAAAUGAUCAUAAUUUAACAUGGGGCAUUAGGCAUAUCAACAAUCCCGUACAGUGGGCCCACCUGACUCACUUGAGUUCUAUGUUAGUUCUGUCCUGCUUCCAACUUUUCAAUUAAUCUUUAGGAGAAAUUCGAUAUCUUGCUAAAUAAUGCAUGGUCCAUUUCUUUCUCCCUCUUGGCUGUAUAAGAUAUUGAUAAUGCAAUUAUCUAUCCUUGUGUUUGCAUUUGUGUUGAGAAAGUAAAGAAUCUAAGUUCUCUAGAAAAUAAAGGCUCCAGUAAGGCUUGCAAACGCCUCAUCCUAAAGCGACCAACUACGAUACCAAACUUGAGAGCUCCAAAGUCAGCCAGCCAUCCUCCUCUUACUCAAAGAAUACGAUGCAUCCCCUUCCCUACCCAAGUAAAACUCACCCCACAACCACCAACCUUAUAAAACUGCCUCUCAUCACCAGAACCCAUUGUCACCAUCAUUCACAAUCCCUCUGUUUCUCUUGAAAGGACACCAUCAUUUAGUUUCUUCCUCUCAACCAUUGUCCAAUAAACUACCAUCCCAAAAGAAAACACCUCCAAACUACACCACAAUUGUCCAAGAGACCACCCCUCCAAAGGAACAUGUUCAACUUCAACGAGCGUGGUUGGCUCUCGAGGCUCACUCAGUCGAACAGACCAGCCCAAGGCCCACAAGGAACGCCUCAAAGGCAGCCUACCCCAACUAGAGGUUCAACCCCUCAGCCCCAACAACCAUCUAAGAGCCCUCAAACCCAAAAACCAACUAGUGCACCCUCUCAAACUCAACAACCAUCUAGGCCCAUAGCCCCACAAACCCAACAACCUAAGACUAGCACGGAAGCCCUGCCCACCACUUCAAGGCCCUCAGCCCCACAAACCCCACAACCAUCUAGGCCUAGCCCACAAGCCCAACGCACCCCUUCCAAGCCUAAUGCACCACAAACCCAGCCCACCCCUCAGACUCAACCACCUAGAACAAGCACUAAAGACAAGCCCGCCCCUCAGACUCAACCAUCUAGAACAAGUUCAAAAGACAAGCCCAGCCCUCCCAGACCCCAAGCCCCACAAACCAGACAACCAUCUAGGUCUAGCUCACAAACCCAGCCCCCUCCAACUCCGCCGCCACCCCCACAAACCCAACAACCAUCUAGAUCUAGCCCACAAACCCAGCCCACUCCUACAACGCCGACAACCGCACAAACCGAACAACCAUCUAAAUCUAGCCCACAAGCCCAGCCCACUCCUACGCCCACAUCCUCACAAACCCAACAACCAUCUGGUUCUACCCCACCAACCCAGCCCACCCCAACUAGGAGCACAGAAACACAAGCCCCACCCACUACAUCUAGGCCUACUGCCCCACAGACCAAACAACCAUCUAGUUCCAGCCCGCAAAAGCCCCAACUUGAACCUGCAUCUGGGUCAAAACUACAAGAAGCCUCAAAGCCAGAGACAGAACCAACUCAUCCUCAGCUUGGUGAGGAGCCCACACCCAUAUCUCAGGCUGAGCCGAAGGUAAGUGCACCCCAACCUAAGCCUCAAGCUGAGCCUGUGCCCAAGCCUGGGCCUAGCAAGCCAGAGACCCAGCCCACAUCCAUGCCUGAACAUCAGCUUGGUGCACCAAAGCCCCAGUCUAGGCCCCAAGAUGAUCACCAACCCCAAGAUAAAAAGAAUGAGACCAAGCCUACAAGUGAGCUUGAGUUGAAGUCCAUGACUGAGCCCAAGCCUCAGGCUGAGGCCAAGUCCACACAACAGGCACCUGAUACAGCAGCCUCCCAGACCCCUGAAGUGGCUGGCCAACAAAAAAUUGUUAGUGAUAGGGAUGAUUCCAGAAGUGAGAAAAGACAUGGGACUAAGUUUGAUGAUAGCGAGGAAGAGAGACUCUUGAAAGAAGAAAACAUGGAGUCACAACGAGUGGUCGAACCCAAGAAAGAGGAAAAGCCUGAACCAAAGCCCACAGAACAGGCAGGCAAUGAGGCAGCCUCUAAGUCUGGUGAAGCAGCUCUGCAACCAGCUAUUGUUCAUGAGAAAAAUACACCCAAAGAGAGAGAGAAAACACCUGAAACCCAGUUAGACAACACCAGAAGAGAGAGACUUGACCCAAACAAGGAGUCAAAACUAGCAGCUGAAGCCCAAAAAGAGGUGCAGCCAGAGGCCAAGGAGGAGGAAUCAAAGCAGGCUCCAAGAGAAGAUAGUUCAAGAUUAAGAAGCACUGCGAGCUUUCCAAGUGGCAAAGAGGGGCGAAAUGUAACACCAGUGUGUCAGAACAGAAGGGAUAGCACAGCCCAAGGCCUUCAAAGAAACAUCAAAGAAGAUGUUUCGAGGCUCACUCGCAAAUCAAUGGAAGCACAACAGAGACAAGCUCUAGAUGAUAUUGGAGUAAGGGUCCUAACACUAGCUGGCGAGAACAGAGGUGCAUCUAUGGACCUGGGAAGCAAAGACAAUAGGGUACCCAUAUAUAGGGGAUACAAACUAGACAAGGAUGAGGAAGAUGCCAAUCUCUAUGAAAAUAACAAGCAGAAGGACCUUGAAGAAAGGUACACACCAGUGGGUGGGGGGACACCUUUAGCCAAUUAUGUGAACAAUAACAUACAGAGCAUCAACAAUUCAGUACUCUAUAACAGUUCAUGCAAUAACGAGAAUCCAGGAGUUCACAUGUUUAUUUUUAACAAUGCUGAAGAAGCAAUACAAGAGGAUAAUUACCCUGUGAGGAAGACUGAUAAAAGUAUAACUGAGAAUGAGGAGAAUCCAUUAUUGAAAACACCGAGGAUUAGGAGGAGGUGCUUGAGAGCCAUGUUCUUGGAGUCUGAUUCAGAUCCAGAGGAACCUGAUAAGCCACGCCGACAUGGUUGCCGUUACGAUUAUAAAGCAAAAGGAGGGGCAACACUGACGCCAACGACGAAUCACCACUUUCACUUGCACUUCAAUUAUUCCAAGAAAAUCAAUCUGAUAAGGAUCUUUCAUCCUUAAAUAUGGGCUCCCGAGGCAAUACUCGCCGGGGAAAACAACCCAUGCAUUCUUUAGUUCCAUAUGAAGGGGAACCUUCACCCUUGAAUAUUCGCUCACCAUCUCAAUCCCCAAUCCAUCAAAUCACUUACCCAGAAGCACGAACUUCAACUCCUACAUUCUCACCAGCUCAGUCCAAAUCCAUUCCUCCUACCAAUAUUCCACGAUCCGAAUAUAUUGAAAGAGCCUUUUUAAUAGACAUUACCAUUGAUGAACACCAAGUUCACAUGGAUCCAAGCAA